AUGACUGGCUCUGGUUCUCCCUGUGGAGCCUGCAAAUUCUUGAGGAGGAAAUGUGUGAGAGGUUGUGUUUUUGCACCUUACUUUUGCCAUGAGCAAGGAGCUACCCAUUUUGCAGCCAUUCAUAAGGUGUUUGGUGCAAGCAAUGUUUCCAAGCUCCUUGCUCACCUCCCUGUGAGUGACCGGAGCGAAGCCGCCGUCACAAUCGCCUACGAAGCUCAAGCUAGGCUCCAGGAUCCUAUCUAUGGCUGUGUUUCUCAUAUAUUCGCCCUCCAACAGCAGGUGGUCAAUUUACAAGCACAGCUAGCUUAUCUCAGGGAACAAGCAGCUCAAAACUUUCUUAAUGCCUCUGCCACUGAAAACCCUAAUGAAAAGUACUGUGGAAAACCUACUACUACUUUCCCUCACGACCUUCAUGGUUGGUUCCAGACCGAAACUUCCGACACAGCAGGGCCUCAUCAGUUUCUUCCUAACAUAUCUAAUAAUUCCUCGACAACAAUACAACAUUAUGGGAGUAGCAGUAGCAAUCCUUUCAUGAAUCUAAGCCCUACCGGGAAUUAUGAAAAUUCAGGAACCCUGGAAGAAAGCAUCUCAUUUUCUAGCUUCGAUGAGACUGCUUCUAACUCCAUGUCCUAUGACGUGCAAGCAAACAGCAAGCAGUGGGGCUUUCAUGAAGCUGAUGACCUUCAAUCAGUGGCUUUUGGCUUCAGUCGAUCGGCUUCAUGAAUGAAUUGGUGAAGACUUCUGUUGAUUUUGAAUUUUGCUGCUGCAUAACCGUGUAGCGCUGCUCCUGAUCUGUGGUUAAAAUAAGAUAGGAAGCCUAGAAAUGUUUAUAUAUAUCUACAUACACAUAUAAGUUUGAACGGAUUCCCAACGAAUAGUAUUGUUUUGUUUAAUCUAGUG